UCGACAGAAUUGACAAACGUUUGCCUUGAAACUGAUGCUUUAACAGAGUUGAAGGCGAAGUUGGAAAAAGCUGUUUGUUGGACCAGUAAAUAUGAGACUUCCUGGAGUCCGGAAUUUUCCCGCUCAGUUGAUGAACUGUUAAUGGAAGCUUGCGAUGAAAUGAGCCGUUUGAUCGAAGGACCUUUGGCGUCGUGCCGACUCGAGAUUGUAAGAAUGAUUUUAAGGCUGCGAUUUGCUUGGGGUAGCGAAGUGUUCGAAUAUCUUAAUAUCAAGUCUUUUCCACGAGAAAGAAUCGAAACAAAAACGGCUCUCAUCCUGGCUGGGCAAUAUUUUGAGCCCGAUAAAAUCUACAAAACUGACAAUCGAAUUUGUCGAUUGUAUGUGUUCAAAGUUAGAGACGUAGAAACCAAAGUACCUGUGUUUACAUACUACCUGGAAUGUAGCACUAUUCUACAGAAGUUUUAUGUACUUUGUUUAGAGUGUUCUGGAGGGCAUCUACAACUAACAAGAUACGGAAGCAUCUGCCCGUCGUAUUGGACAGUUAGAGAAGACAUGCUCGGCGAUUUUGGUUAUAAGGAACAAAACGCUCUCGCAAAAUGCCGCGACCCUAGCUAUGAACAAACUGAGUGAUUUCAACACAAAAUUUUAACUUCAUUAAUAGUGUAAAACAUUUUACCACAUGUUUCUGUAACAUAAAACAAGUAAACAAACACGAAAACAGGGGCUCUGGUAAUAUAUAUAUAAGCAUGACACCAACAACAGCAACAAUUCAGUGCGCGUAAAAUUCCGAAAAUAAGCCUCGGGGCUUUUAUUUUUAAAAUGACCUUUUAAAUAAUGAAGGGUUUAUUUUUGGAGGGGCUUAUAUCAGCUUAUAGCCGGAGGGGCUUAUAUACGGAGGGAAAUUUGCGUUUCAAAAUCGGCUAGGCUUAUACUCGGGAGGGAGAUAUGCGUCUCAUAACUCAUUGGGCCAGCUUAUAGUAGGAAGGAAGUUUAUGUGAUUAUGUCAGUAAUUUGCAGCAAGUUUUUACUGAAACUCGUCAUGAGGACUUGGAUCUUUCUUAAACUCAGCCAUGUAUGUACUUUAUCUAUACUGGACCGAGGAAAUCCAAGCCACUUUUAGACUGCCAUUAUUUAUUUGGCGGACGUAGAAGUUCUUUGGCAAACGCAGAAAUUUAUGAGUAACUGUACAGUUUUUCUCUAUUUCAUUUUGAAUUUGAGGGCAAUUUUACGAGUACAAGCCCCCAGGGGCUUAUAUUUGGAGGGGCGAUUUAUCGGAGGGUUUUUUGUGCUACGAGUUUGGGGGGCUCAUUUUCGGGAUUUUACGGUAUUCUUAUAAAGAGCGUAGAAGGAUUUUCUUUUUUUAAGACGAGUGAAAAUGUCGUUAUCCGAUAUCAUUUAAUUUGUUUCAUUCGAGGCCCCAUAUUUUAUGAGACAAGUCACCAUUUGCAUGAUGGCGUCAUUUUACUACUACGACUAGAAUCCCUUUCGUUUUUCUUUCAUAUUUAAAUUUGGUAAUCCUAUAACAGAAGCCCAAAUUUGCACAAGAAAGCAAAACCCUGAAGGAUUCUGGUCGUAGUGGUAGAAUGACGUCAUCGUGCAAACGACCUAUGGCUGUCACUUGAAUUCUGGAUUCCAGGUAAUAGAUUCUGGGUUCCUUUUCAGUGGAACUUAGGUUCCAGAUUCCAAUCGUUAGGGGAAUUAUGGAUCUCUCGGAUUCCAAAAGCAAAUCUUUGAUUCCGCGGAUUCCGGAUAACCUUUAAGUGGUGCCUUACUGGCAUCAAAUUCUGUAAAUCUUCAUGGGCGGACCCGUAAAUGUGCAAAUUGGUGGUGUGCUGUUGUCUCCUUCCCACCGGGUCUACGGUCCAGCGCUCGCUAUCGCUGAUCUGGGGAUGUUGAAGCGUUGUUUAGAAGAGCAAUUAAUGCAAGAGCCGAAGGAUAGGGGGACGGGGGACAGCGGGCGUUUUAUUUGUACAUGGGGCUUAUCAUCCUCCGUUUGCGCUUUGAGCUUUCUCAUCUCGCGUCCCGCGAUUGUCUUCAGCAUCCCCCUUCUUAUUCGCCACUUCAAAAACUCCUUAAUAAUUCACAAAGAAAAAGCAAAAGGAAUUAUGUCUGAUAAAGCCACGGCUAAACUUACGUCCAAUUUUUAAGACCAAAAAAACCUCAAAUCUAAAUGUUAGUGCAAGAAUGAGUUGAUCUAUAUCAGAGAUUUUAAAGCCCUUCAAAAAACUCGCAGUCGUGUAUUAUCAGGUUUAAAAAUUCUCGACUUCGCCUCGAGUUUUUAAACCUGAUAAUACACUCCUAGUCGUUGUUUAAACAGUAAUUUUUCAUUGCCCACAAUACACAUUUUUUUACUGCCCACUCACCCAGCCUGCCACCAAAUUUUGAAUAAACAUUCUUUUCGUUUUCUCUUUUUUGUGCAAAAUUUUAGGGGGUAUAUAAGGUGUAUAAGGAUUUGGGCUUGGAAGUACUAAGCCUGUGUAUUAGGUAGGUUUUUUGGUAGACAUUUCGUCGCCUUUAAAGUAACCUUCACCAAUGGGGACCACAGGGCGGACCAUAGUCGAACGUGCGGCGAGACAGGCGCUUGCUUGUCACGCCCUCUGUCACGCACAAAAUGCCUAUUAUUAAAAAAAAAAUGGAAGAAGCUCUCUAAUCCCGUCAUUCAUAUCUGUCAGAGCCGCCUAAGCACAAGAUUAGAUUUAAUCCAAGGAAAUAAUUUCAAGUUUCCAUCAACUCGUCACAAAACCCACGAGGAAUGAGAGUAGGCAGAUGUUGAGUGCGGUCGCGUAUUUUGUGACGUCAAUUGUUGAACUCACGCAAACACCAAUAAAAAUUUGUGUAAUCAAAUUAGUAAUAUGUUCAAUCAAGCAUGUUUCUUGUACUCUUCACUUUAUUUUAGCUUGGGAUUCUUAAACAAAAGUGCUUCAUCUUAUCAAAAUCGCCCGGUUUGGUGCGUGAAUGGUUUGUCGGCGUUUUUAUUUUUAAUACCAAUUUUAUGAUGAGUGUUUGUCGUUUUUUUUAAGUUAUCCAGCAUAUAACCAGUAAAAGUAAUAUGUACUGAUGAAUAAUAUAAAUUGGAUAAAUAGAAAAUAAUUUCUCCAUUAUUGUCGCUUAUUUUAGCUGCUUAAACAAGAAAAAACACUUUGAGUGCUUUGAAGACGUGACAUGCAUAAUUACCAUAAUUUCCGGUUGACAAAGGGUUUCAUUGACUCCUUUUGUACUUUGGUCUUUAAGGGAAAAAAAAACCUCCCAGGUAUAGGUACAUGGGGCACGGAUAAAUUUAGCCUGCAUUUUCGGUAGUCGCUUCGCGUUCCCCUGAGGUUAGUAGAGAUAGUUCAUGCGCUAAUCGCAGCAAAAUGCUCUGGGAAACUUGUGAACUACUGCCUAAAUUGUGAGUCAGUUUUGGGCAAGUUGUCAAUGCAGAAGUAUUGUUGCUGUGCACGCUAUGGGACACUGUUGCUCUUGCGUAUGUCAGAACAGAAAUGUCUUCUCAGAAAAGAUCAAGACGGUAAACUCGAUUCGCGACGACUGGAUUUACGUUGACUUCGAUUCUGAAAUAACCGAGUUCGACGAAGAAGAUGAUGCCAUGUUCAUGCGUGAUGAGUCACUCGACGAGCUUCUGUCGGAGUUUGAAGAUGCGCUCUUCUGGCCAAAGAGGGACAAGUGCUUCCCGAGCUCGGCGUCUGUGGAUUCCAUGAACAUGCUGUUUUGCAAGGCAGCUACUGAGAUGUCACGGCUAGCAGGGGACGGGAAAUACAACGAGGCGGACGAAGUUGCGGACGCUUUAUUAGAACUCGUGGAUGUAUGGGGAGACGGUGUGUUUCAAACUUUGAAUAUGAACUUCUUCACAAGAGAGGAAAUUUCACUUGGCAGGUUUGUCGCAAGGGUUGGGCAAUACUUGAAGCCAGAACCACUGCAGGAAAAUGACGACGACUUGACCGUGAAACUGUAUUUCUUUAUCGUCUACGACACUGAUCUUGAGAAAUAUGUCUGCACAUAUCACCUAGAAUACCGUGACUUUGACGGAAUGGCGGACGCUGUCUAUUUACUCAAACUUCGGUCACGCAAAGGUAAAUAUAAGAUCGCGGCGUAUGGCAACACCUGUCCUUCAUACUGGAAAAUCAGAGAGGAUGUUUUGAAAGAUUUCGUGAAGAGAAAACGCUCAUUCAUUUCUUGCUAG